ACGAAUGGUUGCCAGUUUGGUAUGAACAUUCUUGCGGCCUGGAGGAGAGGUUACACUGGAAAGGGUGUGGUGGUGUCUGUCCUAGAUGAUGGCAUUGAGAAAGAGCAUCCAGAUCUGAAGCCAAAUUAUGACCCACUUGCCAGCUGUGAUGUGAACGAACAAGACCAAGAUCCCUCUCCAAGUUAUUCCAAUAAUGCAGCCAACUCCCAUGGGACUCAGUGUGCUGGGACGGUGGCUGCAUCUGCAAAUAACUCUCUGUGCACAGUUGGAGUCUCAUUCCAUGCACGGAUAGGAGGCAUCCGUAUGCUGGGAGGAGAUGUGACAGAUAUUGUGGAAGCUUUGUCACUGAAUUUCAGGCCACAAUAUAUUGAUAUAUAUUUAGCCAGCUGGGGGCCUGAUGAUGAUGGGGCGACAUUAGAAGGACCUGGUCCUCUUGCUCAUCUUGCUUUACAGAGUGGCAUUGAAAACGGCCGGCAGGGAAGAGGCUCAAUUUUUGUUUGGGCCUCAGGGAAUGGAGGGCGAACAGGUGACCACUGCUCCUGUGAUGCCUAUACCAGCAGCAUAUACACCAUUUCUGUGAGCAGUAUAAGCCGGUAUGGAGUCCGGCCAGAUUACCUGGAAGAAUGCUCCUCCACACUGGCAGCAGCGUAUAGUGGUGAGGAGACAGAGGAGAUGGUGAGUUCAGAAAUCAUAAGGAGAUGUAGCAGGACUCUGUCAGGAACUUCCCUCUCCUCCUCAUUGGCUGCCGGGGUGAUUGCUCUUACUUUGGAGGCCAACCCUCUCCUGACCUGGAGGGACAUGCAGCACAUUAUCGUCCGAACAUCAAAAGCUCAUCGUCUUGUUGCUCCUGACUGGCACUAUAAUGGAGCUGGAUACAAAGUGAGCCUCCUGUACGGCUUUGGCCUGCUGGAUGCUGAGAGCAUGGUGAAGGAGGCUGAGCGCUGGAAACAAGUCCCAGCACAGCGUAAGUGUGUGGAGGAGGCCAUCCAGCUGAGCAGAAUUAUUUAUCCUGGCUCAGUGUUGACGUCUACGUACAAGACCACUGGCUGCUCCAGUGAGGCCCCGCGGCAUGUUGUUUAUGUAGAGCACGUCAUCAUCUGCAUAACCAUCACUCACAGCCGUCGUGGCGACCUUUCUAUCACGCUCACGUCACCUGCAGGCACCGUGUCGCAGCUGCUGGCUCACAGGCCUCUUGACAACUCCACUGAGGGAUUUCAGAACUGGGAAUUCAUGACAACUCAUUCCUGGGGGGAGCAGGCAGCGGGGGAAUGGACUUUGAAAAUCAAGGAUACUCCCUCUCAGAAGCGAGACAAUGCUAAAUUAGGGAUGCUGAAAAAGUGGUCUCUGGUGAUUUAUGGCACUGCAGAGCAGCCGUAUCCUGUGCACCAUCAGCGGGUCCGAUCAGCUGAGCUGUCCAUGGAUAGUGAACUCACCGAAGGAUACGGUGGACCCUGUGACCCAGAAUGCAGUGACGAUGGUUGUGACGGGCCUGGCCCACAGCAGUGUGUCACAUGUCUACACUUUCUUCUCAAGUUCAAGAACAACUCAAGGCUGUGUGUGUCAGACUGUCCCCGGGGGUUCUGGGGUGACCGCCAGCGCUGUAAGAGGUGCUACUCCUCAUGUGCGAGCUGCACUGGGAGUCGAAGCAACCAGUGCAUUUCCUGUGUGCCUGGUCAUCACCUGACAGAGGAUUCCAAUACCUGCACAGCCUCCUGUGAAGAUAACUACUACCUGGAUCAUGAUACAGAUCUAUGCAAGAAAUGCAGUGAAAACUGCUUAAAGUGCACCUCGUACAACAUCUGCACAGAAUGCAAACCAGGCACAAGUCUGCAGGGGAACCGGUGCCAACGGAGCUGUGAUGACGGGUUCUACCAUGACAUGCAGGAAGACGAAUGCCGGGCCUGUCACGAGGCCUGUGCUACUUGUGCAGGGGCAGGUGUUGAGGCGUGCAACCGUUGUGCAAAAGGUUUCUUGAUGGAGGAGUGGAGGUGUGCGUCCUCCUGCAGCGCUGGCUUCUACGCCACAGAGCCAACCCCAGAGAUAGCGGAUGGCCACAGGAUAUGUAGGAGGUGUGACUCCAGCUGUCUCACCUGUGUGGGGCCGGGUAGGCAGAACUGCAGCAGCUGUUCCAGCGGUCAUCGCCUCCAGGAGGGAGUGUGUGUUGUCAACACUGAGUGCACAGAUGGAGAGUAUCAGGACAGUGAUAAGGCGUGUCGCGCAUGUGAUGCAACGUGUCAGAAAUGCACAGGGCCGCGAAGAGAAGACUGCAUCAGCUGUGGCUCUUCACGAGCUUUAGAAGAGGGACGCUGCGUGGUGGAAUGUGCAAAGGGCAAGUACAGCUCAAGUGGACAAUGUCACCUGUGUGAUCACACCUGUGCCACAUGUAUGGAUGCAGGGCCUGCCAACUGUACCAGCUGCGACACAGAUAAGUUUGGACUGGAACGUUACCUGCAUCAAGGCCAGUGUCUGGACGCCUGUCCUGAGGCCUUUUACCACACAAACGAGAGAACCUGCGACCGCUGUUCUAUAAAGUGUCUGCUAUGCUCCAGCCCAAACCACUGCCUACAGUGUAACUCCUCCUACUACGUGUCUGAUGGACGGUGUGUGAAUCUAGAGUGUGGAGAAGGGGAGGUAGAGGAUCCAGAUUACGAUGACUGCAUGGCCUGUGAGGAAGGCUGCAGAAAGUGUGUGCUGUAUAACCCCAGGCACUGUCUGUCCUGCAUUGAGGGCUUUUACAACUUUCAGGAUGGCUGCUAUAAAAACUGCCCAGCGAAGACAUACAGCAUGGAGGAGGAGAUGACUUGUGCUCCAUGUGAGGACAACUGCAUGAGCUGUGAUGAACAUGAGUGCUACUGGUGUGAGACGGACCUUUUCUUAUCGGAGGGGAACUGUGUCUCAGUGUGUCCGGAUGGUUUCUACGGCAAUGAAGACUUUAACGAGUGUGAGGAGUGUCACCCAGACUGCGAGGUGUGUACUGGCCCAGGGAGCACCGACUGUCUGUCGUGUGAAGAGGGGAGGACACUUGCAAACAGGGAGUGUGUGCCAAACCGCAAGGUCUGUCCCAUUAAGACCUUUCUCAACGAUUACGGGGUGUGUGAAGCCUGUCACCCAUCCUGUAAAUUCUGCUCUGGACGGGAUAAAAACCAGUGCACCAAAUGUGGAGAAGGAAGAUUUCUGACCAUGCAACAGACAUGUGUGGCGAGGUGUCCUGCAGGCUUCUUUGCCAGCCGACUGAGCGGCGUGUGUGAGGCCUGCCCCCAGGGCUGCUUGCAGUGUGUCGAUGCUCGGCACUGCAGCCGCUGUCAGAGCUCUCGCAAGGCUCCGUUGUUCCUGCAGAAUGGACAGUGUGUUACAGAGUGUGUCAGGGGUUAUCCUGCAGGCCAGCUGUGUCUCAGCUGUGCAGUCGGCUGUGCAUCCUGUGAGAAGAAUGCCACUCACUGCCUAACUUGCAACGAGCCUCUCCUCCUGCAUGAUCACCAGUGUGUGCAGGAGUGUCCUCCAGCGCACAUUGUUCAGGAUAAGGAGUGCCAUCACUGCCCCCCAGCCUGUCAGGACUGCAACCUCCUCAGACAGUGCACAGGCUGCGAGGAGUAUCACUUUCUCCACGAGGGCCUGUGUGUGCCAGACUGUCCGAAGAAGUUCUUUGAGAACAAUGAGCGAGGGGAGUGUCUGCGCUGUCACGCCAACUGUGCUUUCUGUGACGGCCCAAACAGCAAUGACUGCAAUGCCUGCGUCCACCCGGAGGCCAUCCUGCUCAACGGGGCUUGUCUGGUACCAUGCCCCUCAAGCACAUACAAAGAUGCAGUUACAGGGGAGUGUAAAGACUGUGAUGCAUCAUGCCUCACAUGUUUUGGGCCCCACAUGGGUUCCUGCACCAGCUGCAGGGAGGGUCAAAAACUGGACGGCCACAACCACUGUGUCCCAUUGGCCAAUAAGUGCUUGCCUCAUCAAUAUGCAGACGAGGACGGGGAAUGCCAUCCUUGCCACAAAUACUGCCACAGGUGUUCCGGUCCUGGCAAAACCCACUGUUUGAGUUGUAAUCAGGGACACCUCCUGCUUGAUGGUGCCUGUGUAGACGAAUGCCCAGCGGGCUACUAUAAGGAGGAGUCGAAAUGUGAGCAGUGCCACACUUCCUGUCAGUCCUGUGUUGGAAAGCAGAGCCACCAGUGCCUCACCUGCAAAGCCGACCUGUUCCGAGAGGCCAAAGAGUGCGUGGAGACCUGCCAGCACGGUCACUAUGGAAACCCUGUUUCAAGGACUUGUGAAAAGUGCGACCCAAGUUGUAGCAAGUGCAUUGAUGGAGGGGAGGAGCGCUGUCUUAACUGUGCUCCGGGCCUAGUCUACCUGCGAAAAGAAGGCCGCUGCCUGCCGUCAUGUCCUCAGGGUUACCAUCAUGACCCUGCACACAGGACCUGCGAGCCCUGCCAUGCUGGCUGCAGAACAUGCUCAGGAAAAGUUUUCCUGUCCUGUGACUCAUGCUACCCUGGAUACCUGCUGUCAGAUGGAAGGUGUGAGUCCAUGUGCGAAAUAGGCCAGUACCCUGUUGUGAAGGACUCAGACCCCACGUGUGAAGACUGUGACGACUCUUGCCAGGAGUGUCAGGGGCCAGGUUUGUUCAACUGCACCUCCUGUUCUGCUAAAGCAAUCUUAGAAGUCGACGGGCGAUGUCUGCCAUGUUGCCGCCAUGAUAAGGGAUGGAUGGACAUGGAAACACCACAGCAGGAUUGUUGCAACUGCACUGAGACUCGAGGUCAUUGCAUCUUCAGCACUAACUUACCAUUCACAUAUGAAGAGUACAGAGGGAACCUAACUAUCUUCAUCACUGCCUCCGUCCUACUUGUCCUGGUACUCAUUGGCGUCAUCUUCCUGAUCCGACACUCCCGGUCGAAAAGUGGCCCCUCGGACCUCCCUCCCCGUGGGUACAAAAAGCUCGGUUCCGGCGGGGGGUUUGGAGGCGGCAGCAGAUACGGUGGCUACACCUCUGCCUCUUCUACAUCUUACAGCUCUUCUGGAGGCCGAUUUCAAGAAGCUGAGCUAGUCGACAUCAGCACGCCUCGCUCAUGGAAUAAGAAUGAUGAUGAUGACGAUGAUGAUGAUGAUGAGGACAUUGUUUACAUGGGCAAAGAUGGCACAGUGUAUAGAAAGUUUCGGUAUGGACAGCUGGGAGAUGACAACGAGGAUGAGCUAGAGUACGACGACGAGAGCUACACGUUCAGAUAAAGGAUGAGACGCGAUAAGAGAACACUUCUGUUUUCUUCUACACAUUUCUGCCUCUCCUAUUUUCUCCUCUGUACUGUUAAUCUCACUCUGCCCCGAAGGACAGAUCUAUUUAUCCUUCACUGAAUGAGCUCAGACAAAUGAGAUGUGAGAAGCUAUUUAUAAUGAGCAGCAUUUCAUGACUGCUGUACAUCCACAAAAUGAAAUGUGCUACAGAGAUAAAUCCAUAUUUACCAUUCUUAAAUGGAACAUGUAAUGCUGGUUUCCUGAUUGCUGACUGCAUUUAGUUUACAUAGGUUCAUUGGCACUUAUGUCCUAAAGUGCACAAAGGUUAAGGGAGAUAACAAACAGUCAUUUAGUAACAGCUUUUUUUUUACUAAACAUAGAGCUUCUGAAAAUGUAAUCAAUGUUAUUAUUGAAGGUCAGAUGCAUUGAUUCUGCUCCUACUGGCAAAAAACAGUCCCCACUUUCUUUGAGGCCUGCCAGGCCAAUACCUAUUUUGACCAAUCUCGAUUUUUACUUUUUUAUUUUUGUGGUGCUACUGUCCUUUAUUUGCAGUAGUCAGACAGGAAAUGGGCAUAGAAAAAAGGGGUAAAGGUCCCAAGGUCUGGAAUCAAACUCCUAACGACUCUGUUGAUUACAAAUUGCCUCUGCAGGCUCCCACUCUACUUCUACACAAUGCGCCGCCCCUUGAUUUUCUUUCUAAAAAUGAUAACACUUGGAAACUGAUUAGCGCAAACUUUGUAUUAAUUAUACUACUAAAUGGAACAAAUACCUUUAAAGAAAAAGAAAUAUGCUACAGGUUCCUAGAUAGAGGUAGUAGUUUUGAAAUCAACUGAACAAGAAGGGAACAUAAGAUUAGCUUUAUCUAGUUUUCAUAACCUUAAAGCAAAGCAAAUCAGACAAUAUGCUGUUUGUCCUGCUGAAAAGAAGGCACACACCAUGUUAUUUUGCAAGUUUCACACUAACUUUUUUCUUUUUGUUUAUGACUUGGUAUAAUCUGUGGUGUGUGGUUUUGAAUAUUUUAGGUUAUAUUUAAAUGAUUUUAGAACCUGGUAAUGACCAAUCAUUUAUAUGUUAAAACCCUGGAACUGAUCAAGGAUGUACUUUCUUUUUAUCUGUUAUACAAUUAGUAUGCAGAAAUAGUUCAGUGUCCAAUUUACGUAACUGGUAUAGAUGUAUCAUGGAUGCUUACUAGUUUUUUCUUUUAUCAUUACCUGUCAUUUGUUUGUAGUGUUGCUUAAUGAGAUGUCAUUGCUUGUUUUCUAUCUUGUACUGUAUGUUAUUUGCUUGCCAGUAAAAUUUUAAUUUGGAAACUCA